GGCGCGCAUUCUUCCUGCUGCUUCUCCUGCUGACAGUUCCGCAGUGAGCAGCGCAGAGCAUGGUGGGUAGGCGCGCACUCUUCCUGCUGCUUCUCCUUCUGAGUUACUCGCUCUUCCUGCUCCUGGGCGCCUUUGUCUUCUCCACGCUGGAGCAGCCCCAGGAGGAGCGGCUCAGGAGGGAAGUGGAGACCAUGUGGAGCGAGUUUCUGGCAAAACACCCUUGUCUCUCCGAGGUGCUAUUAGAUGACUUUAUACGAAAGGCGCUGCUAGUGAAAAGUUUUGGGGUGUCUGUGCACCGCAAUAUCUCCAUCCACGAACUCAAAUGGGACUUUAUUUCUUCUCUUUUCUUCACUGGAACCACCCUGACCACCAUAGGUUACGGACACCCGUUUCCAAUUUCAUUGGGUGGAAAAGCGUUUUGUCUGGUGUAUGCCAUAUUUGGAAUUCCCCUUACUUUAUCAGUCCUUUCUAUUAUAGUUCGGAACUUGCUGAUCCUCCUAUGGGACAAGCCAAUAAACAAGCUUCAGCGUCAGUGCAGUAUAUCCAGGAAAAAACUGGAAUGGAUUCUUGCUUCAAUUUUUAUAUUCUUUACUGCUUUGAUCUUCUUCUUCAUCCCAGCUAUUGUGUUUAAUGCUAUUGAAGAGAACUGGGGUUAUGUAGAUGCUCUGUACUUUUGUUUUAUUUCUUUAAGCACCAUAGGUUUGGGAGACUAUGUUCCUGGAGAAAGAAAUGAACAAAGGUUGCCUGUUCUUUACAAGUUGUUAGUCAUAUGUUACUUGCUAAUCGGACUGGUUGCUGUAUUUCUUGUGGUAGAGGUGAUAAAGAACGUUCUAAACUAUAAUCGUUUAUUCGGCCUUUUCUUGUUUGGAGAAGACAGGAGAGACUGGGAAACUGGUUGCGAUCUAGCUUGUAAGGCAGGUGGACCUAUAGUUCAAAAACAUGAGGAAAAAACCAGACGACGUGUUCCACACUCACUUUCUCCAAGUACCGAGAAGUCAUAUGGUUCCUUUAAUCCAGCUUUCAACUGAUCACAAAAAA